UGUCGUUUGUAAGAGAGGUAUCAAAAUGUGGAUUCGGAUUAUUUCAUCAUGUUCGAUAGCUAGCUUGUUAUUGUUUACAGCUUGGAUCGAUAUAACAGAAUCUCUAUUCAAUAAUGUUGUAAGUGUACCAAAGCCACGAUAUAUUAAACGAAUAAUCCGAAUACCAUUGCGUAGAUAUAUGAUAAACACCAGCAGAAAAACCAAUAUAGUCAGUGCUAAUAUAGCUAAUAUUGACGCCACAUUAGGACCACAAAAUAACAUACAGUUUAAUCCAUCCGUUGGUAGAUCUCUUCCUCAAAUCAGGAAAGUUUCUUUUCUUAGUAAUAACAUUCUUCAGCGACUUCGAGAGGCACAAAGGAAUGGUAAUACAAAGACAGGUCAAAACCAAGUUCCAACUCUUACGCAUACUGUCGUACUGGCAAAAAAUGCAAACAUCUUGUCCCAUAUAGGUCAACAACAAAAUGGUCCAGCAAUCAGUCCCGCUCCCGCACCAACAAAAGGUGGAAACCAACCAGGUGGUCAAGGUAAUAACCCCGGACAAGGAGCCCCAAAUAAACCACAAGGAUCGCCCGUAAGCUCACUGAAUUUUGUGAAAGAUAUAAAGGUUAAUAGUGGGAAUACUUUUCAAAUGAACACAGAUACAGGAAACACAAAAAUUAAUAGUAAAAUACAUAGAACAAAUGUUAACAACAAUAUUAACAACAUUCAUAUUACAAACAAUUAUUCAACCAAUGCACCUCCGCAAGGUGGUGCUUUACCUAUGGGUCACAGAAGACAGCCAAAUACACACGGACAUCCACCCCAAGGUCAGUUACCUGUAGGUCAAGGCAAUUUACCGCAUCAACCUACUGGACAUGGGACUCGCCAAGGUGGGCACAAUCCAGGACAUUUGCCAAGUGGUCCUCAGCAUCAACCCGGAUUACAAAGAGGCAAUAAUCCGAGUCAAGGUACAAAACCAACUCCCGGAACGCAAAUUCAUCUAAAUAUAGUAAACAACCUUCCAGUAAAAAAUAAUGCAUCGAAUAAAAAUCAUCGAAUGCAGUUUAGCCCAUCAAGUGUAGCUAUGAAACCGAAUUUUGCUACUGGUUUCCAUGGAGCAAACAAUGGUCACUCAAGUAACGCUUCGCAGAAUCCUGGGCCCGUUACAGUUGGAGCUGGAAGCAACACUGGGGCUCAACCAAGAAUGAGACAACCCGGUGGUAAUCCGGCGAAUCCAGGACAAGGAGGUGCACUGCCAAGUGGGCGAAACCGACCUGGACAGGGAGGUCCCCUUGGAAUGGGAAACCAGCUUGGUGGUGGACAUGGGCAACAGCCUGGUGGUGGACAUGGGCAACAGCCUGGUGGUGGACAUGGGCAACAGCCUGGUGGUGGACAUGGGCAACAGCCUGGUGGUGGACAUGGGCAACAGCCUGGUGGUGGACAUGGGCAACAGCCUGGAGGUGGACAAGGGCAACAACCUGGAGGUGGAAAUUGGCAACAGCUUGGUGGUGGACAUGGUCAACAGCCUGGUGGUGGUCAUGGGCAACAACUUGGUGGUGGACAAGGGCAUCAGCCUGGUGGUGGACAUGGACAACAGCCUGGUGGUGGACACGGACAACAACCUGGAGGUGGACAAGGGCAACAGCCUGGUGGUGGACAUUGGCAACAGCCUGGUGGAGGACAAGGGCAACAGCCUGGUGGUGGACAUUGGCAACAACCUGGGGGUGGACAAGGGCAACAGCCUGGUGGUGGACAUGGACAACAGCCUGGUGGUGGACACGGACAACAACCUGGAGGUGGACAAGGGCAACAGCCUGGUGGUGGACAUUGGCAACAGCCUGGUGGAGGACAAGGACAACAGCCUGGUGGUGGACAUUGGCAACAGCCUGGGGGUGGACAUGGGCAACAACCUGGUGGUGGACAUGGUCAACAGCCUGGAGGCGGACAUGGGCAACAACCUGGUGGUGGACAUGGGCAACAACCUGCUGGUGGACAUGGGCAACAGCCUGGUGGUGGACAAUGGCAACAGCCUGGUGGGGGACAUGGUCAACAACCUGGUGGUGGGCAUGGACAACAACCUGGUGGUGGACAAUGGCAACAGCCUGGUGGUGGACAUGGGCAACAACCUGGUGGUGGACAUGGACAACAGCCUGGUGGUGGACAAUGGCAACAGCCUGGUGGGGGACAUGGUCAACAACCUGGUGGUGGACAUGGACAACAACCUGGUGGUGGACACGGACAACAACCAGGAGGUGGACAAUGGCAACAGCCUGGUGGUGGACAUGGGCAACAACCUGGUGGUGGACAUGGGCAGCAACCUGGUGGUGGACAUGGGCAACAACCUGGUGGUGGACACGGACAACAACCUGGUGGUGGACACGGACAACAACCUGGUGGUGGACACGGACAACAACCUGGUGGUGGACAUGGACAACAACCUAUAUAAAAUAUUUCUAUCGUCAGUCUUAAUGUUUACUCUGUUAAAUAUAAAACAGAUCUAAUACAGACUGAACUUGGUGAUCAUGAUAUUAUUUGUAUUACAGAAUCUAAGUUUGAUAACUAAGUGUCAAGCACUGGAUAGCACCAACUAUCGAUUAGUAGAACAAAUUCUCUCUGAAGUUGAAAAAAGGAAAGAAUUUUAUUCAACAAUGAAAGAUAAGCGUAAAAAACUAAAUGAACAAUCCGAUUGUGACAAAAUACACAUGCAUGGCGAACAAUACAAGGGAGAUAAUUGAAAACGCAAAAUAAAUACACCAAUAAUAAUGCAGUUUCCAACUAUGAUAAUAGCAACAGCUCUCGAGCUCAAAAGGAGAUCAUAAAGAAAGACAUCUGAAACCCGACGACAAACAUGGGAUUUGUCCGUUACCAUCACGGCAAAUUGCAAGAACCAUAACAGAUUCCGAUUGUUUUCAAAAUAAACAGAACAGAGAAACAGUACAAGAGACCAUAAAAUUAAUAACUAGGAGAAUAAUGACUACCAUUCAUUGCAAACAAAUUAAAAUGUGUUUUCAAAUGCGUUUGGCUUUAAAAAAAUCAAUAACCUGUACUGAAUAUAUUAAUAUUUGAUUAUCUAUAGAAAUGGAUUUAAAUGAAUGACCUAACCAGAGCAGUAUGAAUUUUAUUCAAAAAUUGUUGUUAGGCUUCGCAAUUAUUUCAAGUGUAUAAAUCAAAUAUUCAAAAUUAUAUGAAAUCAGCUAUUUUAUUUCACAAAUAAAGAUAUACGUAUAAACUUAAGUGUUGUGCGUCAAUGACCUCAAAUUAACAUCACUUUUUGCCAGAACUAGUUUUUUCGUCAACCAAUGUCACUUCCAUUGCAAUUAAGUCAAGUUAUAUAACAGAUCAACAUUGUAUCAUUUAAACAAAUAAUUGAGUUAUAUUUUUUUUUCUUCAUUGACACAUCUUUAUUAAAUUUUGUAAUGAGAAUUUAAAAUAAUACGAAUCCUUGAAAUGCAAACAUAUCCGAAUGCCAUCAACUCCUCUUUCAAGUUUCAGUAUAAUGAAAGUAACCGAAAAAUGUCCGACUAAGUCCCAAAUUCCAAUCUCUAGUGGUCACCAUUGAAUGUAAGGGAAAUGACAAAGAAGAAAAUGAAAAUUGCUUUGAUGAAAACCUAGAAAAUGUCAUUCAGAUAUUAUGAUGACUGUUCAAGAAAAUAGUCUGUAUUAGUUCUAAUUGCGACCCGCUGACAGAGACUUUUCAGCAUAAUUUGGUAAUUUUUUUUAAAACGUUGUCCCGGAUUAAUUUUUACCUGUUUGCGUUUUCGCUUGUAUUUAUCAAAGACAUGUUCAACUACGCAAGUUCAUUUUACGCUCCUGUUUACAUUUAGCCAAAUAGUACAAUUAGUAAUUUUUAACGUUCUGUUUGGUUAUAUGUUAUAAAUAGUAUUUAAACUAUUAGCAUGUUGCCUAUUUUACUAAACGAUUGUCCUAUAAUUAUAAAUAAUUUACAAUUUGUGCCUUUAGACCAUGCUACCAUGGGUUAUUCAUGUUGUUAUACCAUCAUUGACUUUUGAUGAGGUUGAUACAAUGUUUUAUAAAUCCCAGAGAUAUGAUAUUCAACGAUGCCAACGGCCGAGGGUGAAUGUCAUAUCUCAGCUGGCGUUGAUAAAUCAUUGUAUCAACAGUGAUUUCAAACGUCAACAGUUGUUUUAUUAUAUUAGUUUUGUUUUAUCCGUUUCCAAUUUCUAGCGUUUGCUCAAGAUAUUUAACUGCUCCUCUUGUACUAAAUAUGUU